UCUCGCGCGAGCAGCUGAAGAUCCCGUUCGGCGCUCUUCUGUGAUUGGUCGGGAGCAGGAAGCGCGGCCACUUCCAAUCAGCGCGGGCUGGAAACUCGGGAGAGGGGGAACAAAAUGGCGUCGUCCGUGGCCUUUCAACAGCUGCGAGACCUCAUCGAGGCCCAGGAGGCUUUGCUGGAUAGGCUGAGGCGGCAGAUAGCAAUACAAGAGGAAAACUCAGUAAGCAAAAAGGAAUAUGAGGCUAUUGUGAAGAAGCUAGAGAAUGAAGAGCAAGAACAUGCAAAGACAAAGAGUAAUCUAGCUGUGACAUCUGAACAGCUGGAAUUUGCCCUUGGGGAGAUUGAUAUUCUGUCAAAGCAACUUGAGAGGGAGAAGCAAGCAUUUGAUAACGCACUUUCUCGUGUAAACAACAAAGUGCUAAAGCAGUCAAUCCAAAAAGACAAACUGAUCAACAAAUGCACUGAAAUAGAGACCCAUAUUCAGAAACAGGAAGAUGUUCUAAACUACAAAGAGAAUGAGAUCAAGGAGCUGCAGCACUUCAUCAACAAGCAAAAGCAAAGCUUAAAAAAACAAGCAUCUGAGUUUAAGAUACAGAAACAACAGGAAAGUUACAUAACAAAAGUGCUUGGAAAAAAGAAGACUGAUUUUAAGUAACCAUUGAAGCAUUUUCUUAAGUCAUUUCAGAAAAUCUUACCCCUACCUCAAUAAAAGUGGAAGAUGAACUUUUCAGUUUUCCCACCAAGAAAUUAUUCUGUCCGUAAACGAAAGUGACCAUUGGGAAGUGUCAGUUUUCCAUGCCACUUGCUGUCCAGUGGAGUUAGUCUUGGACAUGUAUUUCUGUACAAGUUUAGGUGGACAAAAGUUGCAGAAUUAAGCCCCCAGUGUUUAGGCACAAGGCACUAGUUUUUCAAGUUCAGGUGGCAUGAAUGUAAAAGUCAAUAUUCUAAUGUUCUGUAAACUGUACAGUAUGAAGUUACUCUUCAUAGUAUAGUAGUCCAGUCUCUGGAUCUUUCUGGGAACUGUUUUACAAAUCAUUCCUGAGGUGGGCAAGACUAUAAGAUUAACAGCACAAUCCUCUGUCUACUCAGAAGUAAGUCACUUUGUGCAGAAAAGGGCUAAUAGCCAUGUAAGUGGGUAUAGGUUUUAGCCUUUCUGGGAGCUCUUUUCUAGUCUAAGGUAUACCUUUCAAGACUGGCUGUCAUUCUUUCUCUUCAUCAGUCUUUAGAAAAUAAAUGGAUUCAAAGGCAUACACCAAAGCUUCAGGCAUUAAAUGGAAUAGAUAUUCUGAGAAAUAUACAAAUAAAUAGUUCCAAAUUAAUUGCCUCUGAAUCUAUUGACCUCUGUCUUAAAGUAAUAUUUAUAAUAGCUAAGGCUUUCAGGCACUCCAUAUAUUCUGAAAGCAACAGAAAUGGGGAAGCUCAGGGAUCCUAAACUACUGAAAUAUUUUCUGCUUGCUCAGUGAAAUAACUGGCAGUUCUCUUGUACUCCAUUUAUAUGUGUAGAAGAUCAUGGAUGGAUAACUGCGGAAGAUAGAUAACAACAUAUAACAGGCACUGUAUUAUAUUAUAUUAAUAAAUCCUUAAUCCUUUUAACAUGUGCUCAUAAUAUGCUUCAAGAUGACCUUAGAGAUUUGUAGGGAUUGGAGACCCAUGUCUACAAUACAUGACCCUCUCAUGUAAUGCUAAGCCCAGUGUAUCCAGAUGCCACUCACUCCAAUUUCAGAGGAAUAAUUGACUUCCAAGCUAUCAAUACUUGUACACAGUUAGCAGCAGUCUUAAAAGAAAUAGACAUCAUUGUAGCCUAGUAAUACGUUUCUUAAGUAGGAACACAGGCAUUUUUUUAACCUUCACUUUAAAUUUGUUUUCUAAUUCUUUGGAAAGACAUAAUGAAUGGCAGUGUUGUGUAAAACAGCAAAGCUACUUUA